AGCUGUGCUAUAUAAGGCCCGGAGGCUGGACCGCGGGAGAGACGAAGACUUGGACCCCCCAGCUGAGGAGUCCUGCUCAGGACACGGUUAUUGGAUCAGAGAAGCUUCCUAGGGGACUGAGUUCCAGGGACAACCUGACUCUGUGAAGCACCUUCACCCAUCUUCCGUCAUGUUCCCCACAGAACCUGGGGGAAAGAUGAUGGGGACCAAGGCCUGGGUGUUCUUCUUCCUGGUCCUGGAGGUCACCUCUGUGUUGGGGAGGCAGAUGAUGCUCACCCAGUCUGUGAGAAGAGUCCAGCCUGGGAAGAGGAUCCUCAGCAACUUUGCCAAGCCUGUAGAGCCCCGGGAGAUUCCCGGCGAGUGGACAACCUGGUUCAACGUUGACCACCCAGGUGGGCAGGGUGACUUCGAGCGGCUGGAUGCCAUUCACUUCUACUAUGGGGACCGUGUGUGUGCUCGGCCCCUGCGGCUGGAGGCUCGGACCACUGACUGGAUGCCAGCAGGCAGCACAGGCCAGGUGGUCCAUGGCAGCCUCCGUGACGGCUUCUGGUGCCUCAACAGGGAGCAGCGGCCUGGCCGGAACUGCUCCAAUUACACCGUGCGCUUCCUCUGCCCGCCAGGAUCCCUGCGCCGAGACACAGAUCGCACCUGGAGCUCAUGGUCUCCCUGGAGCAAGUGUUCUGCUGCCUGUGGUCACACUGGGGUCCAGACCCGAACACGUACCUGCUUGGCGGAGACAGUGUCACUGUGCAGUGAGGCCACUGAGGAGGGCCGGCUCUGCAUGGAACAGGCCUGUACAGCCUGUGACCUGACCUGCCCCAUGGGCAAGGUGAAUGCUGACUGCGAUGCCUGCAUGUGCCAGGACUUCGUGCUGCACGGGGCUGUCUCUCUCCCUGGGGGUGCCCCAGCCUCAGGGGCCACUGUCUACCUGAUGACCAAGACACUUAAGCCACUGACCCGGACGGACAGUAAUGGGAGAUUCCGAGUCCCUGGCUUAUGCCCAGAUGGCAAAAGCGUCCUGAAGAUCACAAAGACCAAGUUUGCUCCCAUUAAGCUCACAAUGCCCAAGACUAGCCUGAAGUCAGCCACCGUCAAUGCAGAGUUCAUGAGGGCAGAGAUCCCGUACAUCGUGAAGAACCCUGAGACAAAAGCACGGAGAGCUGGGCAGAGUGUGGGCCUGUGCUGUAAGGCCACGGGGAAGCCCAGUCCAGACCAGUAUUUCUGGUAUCACAACAACACGCUGCUGGACCCUUCCCUGUACAAGCAUGAGAACAAGCUGAUACUGAAGAACCUGCGACAGGACCAGGCUGGGGACUACUUCUGCAAGGCCCAGAGUGACGCUGGGGCUGUGAAGUCUCAUAUCGCCCAGCUGAUUGUCAUAGCCCCUGAUGAGGCUCCAUGCAACCCAACCCCUGAGAGCUACCUUAUCCGGUUGCCCCAUGAUUGCUUCCAGAAUGCCACCAACUCCUUCUACUAUGACGUGGGCCGUUGCCCUGUCAAGACCUGCGCAGGUCAGCAGGAUAAUGGGAUCAGGUGCCGGGAUGCUGUGGAGAGCUGCUGUGGCAUCUCCAAAACGGAGGAGAGGGAGAUCCAGUGUAGUGGGUACACACUGCCCACCAAGGUGGCCAAGGAGUGUAGCUGCCAGCGGUGUACAGAGACCCGGAGUAUUGUGCGGGGCCGUGUCAGCGCCGCCGACAAUGGGGAACCCAUGCGCUUUGGCCACGUGUACAUGGGGGGCAACCGUGUGAGCAUGACUGGCUACAAGGGCACUUUCACCCUCCACAUCCCCCAGGACACUGAGAGGCUGGUGCUCACAUUUGUGGACAGGCUACAGAAAUUCGUCAACACCACCAAAGUGCUGCCCUUCAACAAGAAGGGGAGUGCAGUGUUCCAUGAGAUCAAGGUGCUUCGGCGGAAAGAGCCCAUCACUUUGGAGGCCACGGAGACCAACAUUAUCCCCCUGGGGGAGGUGGAUGGUGAAGACCCUGUGGCUGAGCUGGAGAUCCCAUCCAAGAGUUUCUACAAGCAGAACGGGGAGGCCUACACAGGAAAAGUAAAGGCCAGCGUGACCUUCCUGGAUCCCCGCGAUAUUUCAACAGCCACAGCUACCCAGAGCGACCUGAACUUCAUCAAUGAUGAUGGAGACACCUUCCCCCUUCGGACUUAUGGCAUGUUUUCUGUGGACUUCAGAGAUGAGGCUACCUCCGAGUCACUUAAUGUUGGCAAGGUGAAGGUUCACCUUGACUCAACCCAGGUCAAGAUGUCAGAGCACGUGCCCACGAUGAAACUCUGGUCACUCAACCCAGACACAGGGCUAUGGGAAGAGGAAGGUGACUUCAAAUUUGACAGGCAAAGGCGGAACAAAAGAGAAGAGAGAACCUUCCUGGUGGGCAACAUGGAGAUCCGAGAGAGAAGGCUUUUUAACCUGGAUGUCCCUGAAAGCAGGAGGUGCUUUAUCAAGGUGAGAACCUACAGGAGUGAGAGAUUCUUGCCCAGUGAGCAGGUCCAGGGGGUCGUGGUCUCUGUGAUCAAUCUGGAGCCCAGGACUGGCUUCUCAUCCAACCCCAGGGCCUGGGGCCGCUUUGACAGUGUCAUCACAGGCCCCAAUGGAGCCUGUCUACCUGCCUUCUGCGAUGACCAGUCCCCUGAUGCCUACUCUGCUUAUGUCUUGGCAAGCCUGGCUGGGGAAGAACUGGAAGCAGUGGAAUCUUCUCCUAAAUUCAACCCAAAUGCAAUUGGUGUUCCUCAGCCCUACCUCAAUAAACUCAAGUACCGUCGGACAGAUCACGAGGACCCACGGGUUAAGAAGACAGCUUUCCAGAUCAGCAUGGCCAAGCCAAGGCCCAACUCAGCUGAGGAGAGGAAUGGGCCCAUCUAUGCCUUUGAGAACCUCCGGGCGUGCGAGGAGGCGCCACCCAGUGCGGCCCAUUUCCGGUUCUACCGGAUUGAGGGGGAUCGGUAUGACUAUAACACUGUCCCCUUCAAUGAGGAUGACCCCAUGAGCUGGACUGAAGACUACCUGGCAUGGUGGCCCAAGCCAAUGGAGUUCAGGGCCUGCUACAUUAAGGUGAAGAUCGUGGGGUCAGUGGAGGUGAAUGUGCGAUCCCGCAACAUGGGGGGCACCCACCGGCAAACUGUGGGGAAGUUGUAUGGAAUCCGGGAUGUGAAAAGCACACGGGAUAGGGACCAGCCCAAUGUCUCAUCUGCUUGUUUGGAGUUCAAGUGCAGUGGGAUGCUCUAUGACCAGGAUCGUGUGGACCGCACACUAGUGAAGAUCAUCCCCCAAGGCAGCUGCCAUCGAUCCAGUGUAAACUCCAUGCUGCAUGAGUACCUGGUCAACCACCUACCGCUGGCAGUCAACAACGACACCAGUGAGUACACCAUGCUGGCGCCCCUGGAUCCUCUGGGCCACAACUAUGGAAUCUACACUGUCACUGACCAGGACCCUCGCGUGGCCAAGGAGAUCGCUCUUGGCCGGUGCUUUGAUGGCACAUCUGAUGGCUCCUCCAGAAUCAUGAAGAGCAACGUGGGAGUGGCCCUCACCUUUAACUGCGUAGAGAGGCAGGUGGGUCGCCAGAGUGCCUUCCAGUACCUCCAAAGUACCCCGGUCCGAUCCCCUACCCCCAGCACUAUCAGAGGAAGAGUGCCCUCCAGGAGGCAGCAGCGGGCAAGUAGGGGUGGCCAGCGCAGGCCUGGAAGGGUGGCCUCUCUGAGGUUUUCUGGGGUUGCUCAGCAGCCUCUGAACAACUAAAUCUUGUGGUACUUCUCUUCUCCCCACACCUCACGUGACAGCCAUUGUGAGACUGAUGCACAAACUGUCACUUGGUUAAUUUAAGCACAUCUGUUCUGGUGCAAUUUGCUUGUUUGUGUCUUCAUGCCUUUACUUACUGUCUUUGUCCAUGAUACUGAUCGGCAUGUAGCCUCCAAGUGGCAAAAUAAAGCCUCUUUGAUCUGUUCUUUAAAAGAAACACCAGAAAUUGGCCAUUGGCAAACUCUUUGGCUUUGACUGUUCUUCAUUUAGUUCCAUCAAUGAAAAUGCCCUUCCUUGUCUUUUUGCAUGGUUUUGUCCACCUUUACGAUAAUGAUAAUCUGAAGUGGAAGAUCAAAUAACCAAUAUAAAGCAUAUUUCCUGGUCUUACUCUACAGGACGUAAGCAAGGUCUUCAUCACAGUUCAUACAUAUAAGUGGUGGUGAAAUAAAAUAAUAAACUCUAAUAUUUUUACUUGAAAUGUAAAUACGUUAUUUCUUUACUGGAUCUGGAACUCUAGUGCACGUUUCAUGUUAAGCUAUUGAAUAUAAGGUAAUCAUAGCUCUCCGCCAAGUCUGGAAAGAACAUCUCAUAUCUACAACUGUACCAGGUUGCUAAUUACAUAAGCACAUUUCCCUUUAAAUUUGCUUUUGUUCUUGCUAGGAGCCCAGCGCAGCCCAAAGCAGAUGUCAAUAAAUGCACAUUUUGUACUUGA